GGUUCCCAAGCAGCUGAAAUGAGAAAAAGGCAGCAAUCCCAAAAUGAAGGAACACAGGCUGUGUCUCCAGCACCCGGAAACCAGAGGCCCAACAACACCUGCUGCUUCUGCUGGUGCUGCUGCUGUAGCUGCUCCUGCCUCACCGUCAGGAAUGAGGAGCGAGGAGACUCUGCGGGGAGACCCCCCCACACCACAAAAAUGGAGAGCAUCCAGGUCCUAGAGGAAUGCCAAAACCCCACUGCAGACGAAGUCAUGUCCUGGUCUCAAAAUUUUGACAAGAUGAUGAAGGCUCCUGCAGGAAGAAACCUUUUCCGAGAGUUCCUCCGAACAGAAUACAGCGAGGAGAACCUCCUCUUCUGGCUAGCCUGCGAAGACUUAAAGAAAGAGCAGAACAAAAAAGUCGUUGAAGAGAAGGCCAGGAUUAUAUAUGAAGACUACAUUUCUAUACUGUCGCCGAAGGAGGUCAGCCUGGAUUCUCGAGUUAGGGAGGUGAUCAACAGGAACCUGCUGGACCCCAGCCCUCACAUGUACGAAGAUGCCCAGCUGCAAAUCUACACCCUGAUGCACAGGGAUUCUUUCCCAAGAUUCUUGAACUCGCAAAUCUAUAAAACUUUUGUUGAAAGUACUGCCACCUCUUCUUCUGAAUCUUAA